AUCCACCAACAAUCCAUAUGAUGGAAGAUCUGAGUAUACUUGAAGGAGCGCCGUUAAACUUUACAUGUCCAGUCAUCCCGGGAAAUCCAUGUGACACGCAAAUAGUAUGGACAACAGCGGAUAAAGACGUUGGAGAGCAGUGGCUAUCUAAGUUUCUCGAGAUAUCAAAUAUAUCAAGAAAGCAUGAUCAGAAAUAUACAUGCACUGUCAACAAUACCAUGCUUCCAACAUUUGGUGCAGAAAAGCAUGGGAGAAACAGUAAAAGUUUCCAUCUAAAUGUUGAGUACUUGGCAACUAUAACGGCAUUUUAUGUGGAAGGAUAUGAACAACAUUUUAACAUAACAGCCAAUGAAGCAGACAGUCUUACUUUCAUCUGUCAAGUUGAAAGUAAACCCGUGUCUACCACUUCAAUUUAUGUUCAAACUGGACAACCCUUAAGUGUUUCUGAAUCGAAUUACAUUUCGUACAAUAUUCACUCUGCCAUGUGUCAACAUACCGAGGCGUAUGUCUGUAGUGGACGGAAUGAGCAUAACAACAACCAAGUUUCAAAUCGGACACUGUUCGUUUUCAUAAAUUGUUCCCCAAGGAUUGACCCUAAGUAUCCUGUUAAGGAGAGUGUAGCUGUUUCAUUGAAUGAACCGGUUUUGCUCAGCUUAUCAGCACUUGCAUACCCUAUACCAACGGACGUUUCUUGGCAAAAACAUAAUGGCUAUGUAUGGACAGAUGUUAUUGUGACGAACAGUAUCACAAUUCGUCGUUCACACUUAAAUUAUAGUCUAAUUAUUGAUAGCAUUCAAGAGGAAAACUUUGGAAUGUAUAAAUUGACUAUAGCAAACGAAAAAGGUUCAUAUGAACAAAUAUUCCAUAUCAACGCUGCGGGAAUAGAUCCAAGCGCAAAAAGCGAGAAAACUAACACUAUGGUAAUCGUGAUUGGUAGUGUUUCUGGUAUAAUUGGAGUUGCCUUUAUAAUAACUAUAUUGGUGUGGAUUUUUAAAAAGAGGCGUUCAAAGAAGGAACACAAAGGAAUCAGAAUUCCACCAAGGAUAAGUUUUAAAGAGUCACUUGUGCGACAUACAGCGCUUGAAAUGGAACACUUGCAAGAAAUAGACGAUGCUCCUUUUGUAUUGACUGAGCACACUGAAUAUUACAAUUCAAUCCAGAAAAUAGAGAAAAUAGAUAAAAUAAAGGUGUCAGAAUUGUACCAAUAUGUUAUCGGUAGAGAUGAAGACGACUUUGCAAUCGAGUAUCAGAAUAUACCAACAGAUCUUCAGAAACCAUACAAUUUUGCUACAAAACCUUGCAAUUUAGCAUUGAACAGAUACAAUGGAAUAUUCCCCUAUGAUCACUCAAGAGUAAAGAUUCCUGCUAUUCCAGACUUUUUUAUGAAUGCCUGUUACAUAGAUGGCUUUGAGAGACAACAUGCAUACAUAGCCUCAUUAGGUCCUACGGAAAAAACAACGAACCACUUCAUCACAUUUUGGCAAAUGGUGUGGUAUGAGAAAUCAGAUGUUAUUGUAAUGCUUACAAAUCUUGUGGAACCAUCGGGAAUGAAAUGCGAGCAAUAUUGGCCAGAGGCAGGUGCAAAAGAAAUAUAUGGGGAUAUUUGUGUGAACAGCAAAAGACUGGAAACGUUUGCAGAAUAUACUGUCCGUGAAUUUGAAAUCUCGAAAAAACAAGAAAAGCGCUGUGUUAUACAGCUUCACUUUACUGCAUGGCCAGACAAGACAGUUCCUGAAGAUGUCACUAGUUUGAUUGAAUUCAGGCAGCGAGUAAUUCAAACACCAACAGAUUCAAGUGGACCUGUAAUCGUACACUGCAGUGCUGGUAUUGGAAGGACUGGGACUUUUAUAGCAUUGGACCGACUUAUAAGGGAAGGACAGAAAACUAAUGAAAUAAAUGUAUUUGAAUGUGUACAGAAUAUGAGGCAGCAGAGAAUUAAGAUGGUGCAAACACUUGAGCAAUAUGUUUAUAUAUAUAAAGCACUGGUAACUGCACUGACCUUCGACUCUGAAGUGAUUCCAUUAUCAUCUUUGCACGAGUUCACAGAAGGAACAAGUAAUAAUGAGUACAGCAGAUUGUUUCAGCAACUAAAUCAAACCGUUGAGGCAGUGAAGGAAGAUGAGCAACUGGCAGUCAGAAGAAAUGAAAAUCAGACGAAAGAAAAUCGAGUUGGUGCUGACAUACCAGGAAAGAUGUUUCGGGUUUAUCUACGUUUACGCAGAAAGCAAAACGAUUCUGAUUAUAUAAAUGCUGUUUUCAUAAAUAGCUUUACAAAACCAAACAAUUUUAUAAUGGCCCAGUCGCCGCUACCUUUAACUGUUGAGGACUUUGUCUCUAUGAUUUAUCAGGACGAUUGCAUAUGCGUUGUCUCCUUGGAUGAUAGAAAUGAAUCGAGAAUGUCGGUUCGGCAAUAUGUUCCUGAAGUAAAACAAAAACUGACAUUUGGAAGUUUCCGUGUUUCAAGCUCCUUACUUCAAACGGAACGAUACUUUGUUUUGAAAAAGCUUACAAUAUCUUAUGAUGACAAGCCUAAAUCUGGUGCAAAAAUUGUAUAUCUCUACCAAUACACACAAUGGCUCGAAGAAAAGCGAAUUCCAGAAUGCACAGAAGACUUUGUACAUUUUGUAAGCGAAGUUCAGCGAAAAGCAAGAGAACAUGGACGCAAGAAAUUUCAUAUCCUUGUUCAUUGUCUUAUGGCAAACGAGAGAAGCGGUUUGUUCUGCGCGUUGGCAAUUAUUUUCGAGAAACUGAAGUUAGAAGGUCAGGUCAACAUGAUGAACACAUUGAGGCAUCUGCGAACGAGGAGACGAACAGCAAUCCUAUCAAUGGAGCAGCUCAGAUUCUGUUUUGAAGCAGCAAGUAUCUUUGCCGGACUCGAAAGGAACAAAUAAAAACAAAGUGAACGAAUUUUAAAAAGCAGUUAACAUUCAAUAAAAUUAUCAAUAAAAUAUUUUGAAUAUGAAGUAUAUCUCAGUCUGUGUUUUCCAAUCUAUGUGAUGAGCAAUUUUAUCAAACAUAUUCUUAAUCUUAGCAUAAUAUAACACAACAUUAACUUAGAAACAUCAUAAUUGUUAUAUAUGCUUAUUCAUGUAAACACGAUUGUAUCACUGGAUAGAGUACAAAUAAUAUUUUGUUUAAAUCAAGUAACCGCAAAUAACACUAAUGGAAUAAAACUGUUUAUUAUCGUUAAAAGAACACAUUGUGAUGAAAAAUAUUAUGAUAUUUAAAAGCAGAACAAGUUAACGUUCAAACGUGAAGCAUGUCAAUCACAAUAAAGAUUCACUGACUGUUAUAAAGUGAACAUGUAUAUAUCUUAGUUUUUUGUUAUAUUUUUCAAAAGAUGACAUUGUAUUUAUAACGUUAACAUUAUUCGAAAUAAUUAUAUUAAAUGAAGUGAUUUUUCUUUUCAAUAUCCUUAUUUGAAAGGUUUAUUAAGUUAUUUUUUCUUGAAACUUGAUAUGAUGAUAUUCAUACUUCAGUCAUUAAAUUGGCAAUAAACCUGAAAUGCAUCACUUUCAUUUAUCAAAUCCUAUCAUAGUUGGUUUUCUGAUACAAUUUCCAAACAAUAACUCAUUGACAAUAUACAUGAAUGCUUGUUGCUUCUUUUGGUUGUUUUUUUUUAUUUUUAUUUUUUUUGCUAUUAGUACACUUGCACUGAUUAAGUAUUUUGUUAUU